AUGGCGACCAUGACAACCAUGAGCCUAACCAAUGCAGUCUCUGCCUUGAGAAAUCGACUACCAACAAUGGGCUCACCCAAGCAGGCUUCUUAUGACUGCGAGGAAUGUCCAAUAUGCUGGAGCGACAUGCCUUCCAAUCCCAAAAUAUUGCCUUGUGGACACAUUUUCUGUCGCAAGUGCAUACGGGACAUGGCGCAAUAUCAAGAAGAAAGAGAGGCCGACGCCUGCUGUCCCAUGUGUCGGGGUCCUCUCAAGAAGGUAUGUGCCAAGAGAUUAUGGGCGGAAGCCAUGAUGCACGAAAACGAGGGAUAUGAGUUGAGUAGAAUGCAACAAGUUGAAGUCAGCGUGACUGCAGUGCAUCGACUCAUGAUUGAAGGCCAGCGAGAAUAUCGAAUGGCUGUCAAAAAGUUGGAAGAAUGCCUAGAAGCGCUGAAAAUGGAUCAUGAGAGAGCGACACGAGACACGAUGAGUCGUCGCCGUCGUCGGCGGAGACCCGGUUUCACAAAUCCUGCACGACGAGACGCCAAAAAUCGACACCAACAAAUGCGAGUCUUGUGUAAGUUGAUUGAACUAGUUCCAAUGGCUCGGUACGACGACAGUGAUGAGCGCACCAUUCAAUUACUUCGAACGGCACUGGCGCAAGCGGAUAAGCCUAUGCCGCACUUGAAUCUCAGGCUUGCCAAGUUGCUGCAUCGUCAAUUUGAUGAAGAUUUGAUGGAAGAGGUAAUCAGCGAGUACAGUCGAAUACUACAAAUAGCGAAGGAAUAUAAGGGAACGGCUGGUCGACAUGCCAAGAAGCUGCAGGGGCAAGCUCAUUAUGGACUGGCGCGGUGUUAUCAUCAACAGUUGAAUUACAAACAGGCUUGUCGGCAGUACAGUGCCUGCGAACGGUACAAUGCUUUGCAAGAUCAUGGUCUGGCGGCCGAAUGUCACUAUGCCAUUGGGAACUAUGUACAAGCCAUGGACUAUGCGUCGAUGCAACUCCGCAAGGAAUCCACUCGACCGACCAUUGAAACCCUGUUGCUCAUGGCACGGAUCUGCAAGGCCUAUUUCCUGUCCAUUCGAUCCUAUCGAGGCAUUGAUACUAUGGACUAUAAAUGUAGGUGCGAAACCUAUCGGCGAUGUGUGCGACAUGCCCAAUUGUUGGCGCGGCAUGAUCACCACUAUGAAGAAGUUUGCAGACACACGAAGCUGCUGCACCAUUUGAUAUACCCGACUCACAACAAGAAGCGAACGAUAAUACCAAGCUACGUUGUGCGGGAAUCCUCCUCUGAAAAAGAUGACGAUGUUAGUUGUGAUGACAAUGAAGACUUGGAUACAGAAGAAUGUUAUACUGAAGUAAGUGUGGAACUAUGA